CAGAGUUCUUCAUUUCAAUGAAGUCCAAUUACUCACUUUUUGCAGUUACAGACUGUGCUUUUGAUGUUGUACCUAAGAAUUUUUUGCCUAACCCAAGGUUAUAAAAAUUUCUCCUUUGUUUUCUUUUCAAAGUUUUGGCAUUUUAGGUUUUAUAUUUCGAUCUAUGAUCCAUUUUUGAGUUAAUCUUUGUGCACGGUGUGAGGUAGGGAUCAAAGUUCUCUCACGCACACUCUUUUUAAUGUGAGUAUUCAGUUGUUAUAGAACCAAUUGUUGAAAAGACUAUUGUUCUUCAGUGAGUUGCCUUUGCACUUCUAGCAAAAAUCAGUUGACUGUAAAAGUGUGGGCCUAUUUCAAGACUCUUAAUUCUGUGGAUUUGUAUGUCUAACCUUUUGCUGAUAGCACGUUGUCUUGACUACUGCAGCUUUAUAUUAAGUCUUGGAACUGGGUACAUGAGUACUCCAACUUUAUUAUCUUUUUACUAAAUUGUUUUGGCUCAUUUACAAAAUCAUUUGGCUAUUUGCUUUUCCACCUGAAUUUUAGAAUCAACUUGUCAGUUUCUCUUUGAAAAAGCUGCUAGAAUUUUGACUAGAAUUGCAUUGAAUCUACAGACCCAUUAUGAGGAGAAUUGACAUCUUAUUAUUGAGUCUUCAAACUCAUGAACACAGUAUGCCUCUCUAUCCAUUUAUUAAAAUCUAAAUUUCAGCAGUCAUUUAUAGUUUUCAAUAUACCAGUACUGUACAUCUCUUGUCAGACUUAUCUCUAAGAUUUUUAUUUUUUAUUUUUGAUGCUCUAGCAGCUUCAUCUUAAUAUGGAAAAUAAGAGAUGGAUCACCAUCUCUGCUUUUGUAAUUUUUCUGUAAAUUAUAAAGCUAUGCCAAAAUACACAGUUGAGAGAAAAAAUAAUUCCUUGCCUUGGGAAAAAAAAUAAAGUUGAGAGCGCGCGACAGAGACUGGUUCAGAAGUUUGGUAAAGAACCCACCUGCCAAUGCAGGAGACAUAAGAGACAUGGGUCCAAUCCCUGGGUUGGGAAGAUGCCCUGGAGGAGGGCAUGGCAACCCACUUCAGUAUCCUUGCCUGGAAAAUCCCAUGGACAGAGGAGCCUGGCAGGCUAGAGUCCACAGGGUUGCAGAGUCAGACGUGACGGAAGUGACUUAGAAUGCACACUCCUACUUCUGCCACUGGGCAGUCCUCCAAGCAGCUAGUCUCUGCUUUAGUUCAGUUGCUAAGUCUCCACCAUAAAUACAGAUGCAAAGAUUCCUUCUCUUUAUGUUUUGCGGGCAAAGAUCCAUUCUCUUUAUGCUCUGUGGAGGGAUAACUCAGUCCUAUCCUCCUUCUCUCCCAGUUCUUCUUUCCUAGGCUUUGGAGUGCAGGACAGGGAUGUGGGGUUGAGCAGACAUGUGGACUGCACAAGGGGAGGGUGUUCAGGUGACUAAAGGGAAGGCCCGUAUGUUACAAGUCCCUUUCAUGGAAGGGAGACUGUGACCCACCACUGCAGAAUCCUUGGAUUCUGAGACUGAAAAGGGGGCUGGAAAAGAAUGGCUCUGGAGGGUAAUAUGAACAAGAGAUGGGAAAAUAACUUUUAUUGAAUCCAGUUCCUCCUCCUCUCUCAGCAGCUGUGGGUGAAGACCACUGGGAGUUGUCACUAUCCCUCUGUGCGUAUCCUGCUGCUGUUUUCCUUGGGGCUUCCCAGGGCCAGGGUCUGGCACUCUAGAAAGGGAAGAGAUUAGAGGUGGAAAGAAAUGCCCAGAGGGUUUUGUGAUGUAUUGGAAAGAGCUAGAGUCUAGCAGUCAGAAGAUUUCAUCUCAAAUCCUGACGCUGACACUACUUCCUGGUGCCCUUGGGCAAGUCACUUUCACUCUAUAAAAAGAGGAGCUGAACAAGAUGAUGUAGAAGAUCCCACCCACCUCAAAGAGCGUACUGCAUUUCCCGAGGAGAGGGACCGUGUCAUGUUUUUGUCUCCCCAACAUCUAGCACAACGCUUGGCACAUAAUAAGUGUUCAAGAGAUGCUGUGAUUAGUGAAGAGUGGAUGGAUCAAGGAGUGAUCUAACAAGAUACUAAAAUGAAAGGGCCCAAAGGGAAGUUCUUAAACUCAGUCAGUUGGUGGCACCACCUCUCUAUACAACCACAAGGGAGCGUUGCUAGUCUCAGACCAAGGGAAAGGACUUAGAUUAGAAACAUAUAAAGGCAAAAAAAAAAAAAAAGAAAGAAAAGAAAUGACCAGAGGACCGGUAUUUCAAAUGGAAAGCAGAGCCCUGAAAUUGACCCAGCUUCUGUUUUCCAAGUUGAGGGACAGUAGGCCCCACGCAUUGAAAGACAUAGCAGCUGCCAGAUCAGCCAGGUGAUGCUGGAUGGCUGAAAAGCAACGGCAGUCCUGAGGGAGGGAGUGAUUGACACAAGCCACACAGGGGCAGUCCCUGAGGCUGGGAGGCAGCCCCUGGGGCCCACCUGAACUUGGGCUGGGCACUCCCUUCACAUCCAUCCCUUGCCAGAGAACCCAAACAUCUGGGCACCCAUUCUGAAUCUCUUUCACCCCCGGGUCUCUCCUAUAGGGUUCAUCAAACCCACUGCUGAUUAUCCUGAAAGGGUUACUCUCCUCCUCCAGCACUCAGGGGAACUGAACGUCAAACAUAUUAAUUCGCAGGCAGAGGGCAAGAAGGUGGUUGAAUAUUUUUGCAAAAGCCUCAUUCUUCCUACCCCUCACCCCCAUCACAGCAAAUUGUGCAACGAGUAAGGACACAGGCACAAAAGGCGGAGGACACACUGAAGCACUCACCCCAUUUAGCACUGAGAUCAUGGGGAGACAGGAUGAGGCAUGGUGAGGGUGUGUCUCAGCAUCUACAGCUCCGAAAUGGGGUUUGGGGGUUGGAGGAGACAGUGGGGGUUACCGCUGACUGCUGCCCCCACGGAUUAGGGCAGGGAAGGGUGAAAUGGCCGUGGGAGUGAAAGAGGUUAGCAGGACUCCUUAGCAGGGAAAGAACUGAGGGCAUGCCCCAGGCCUGCUCAGGUCCUCAUCGGCUCCAGCGGGGAGGGAACAGGAAGCUGUGACUUCCUCUCCCCUUUUCCUCCCUGCCCUUAACCUCAAGGUCACUGGCUGCUGCAGUGAAUUCCAACCUGUUUUAGUUGGCAUUGUUCCCCAGGCACAAUGAUCAUAGCUGCUCAUUAGAAGAAGAGAGUAACUUGCUCCUUCCUGCCACAGAUGCCCCCAACUUUUCCUUUGAAAUAAUAAUCAUUCACAUUCACGCAAAUAGCCACGUACAAGGGCUUUUUCACAGGUGUUCUCUCAUUUUGUCACACCCAUUCUGUAACGCAGAGACUUUUAUCUGAAAAUUUUAAGCGAGGCUCAGGAGAGUAAAGUAAUUCACCCACAGUCACAGAGCGAGCAGGGAGCAGCCCCGGGACUCCAGAACCUCUCCUCUUUCUCUCAGAUACUAUUCUGAUUCUCUGCCUCUGUGCACACUCCCAGGCCCCUUCCUCCAGGCCCCAAGGGGACACUUGCUGCAGAGAAGGGGGCCCCUGAACAUCAGAAGGAGUAGAGGGGGGCUCUAAUUCGGUUCCUGUCCCCCCUGAGAUGGGGUAUCUGUGGCCUCUCCCUGAAGCGGAGGUGUGGGGCCGCCCUCCCUUGUAGGGUCAUUCUCCCUCCCCGCUUCCCACUCUUCCACAUGGGGCUCUACACACAGCGAGACGCAUACAUGCAAGCACACACACGCACACACACAUUUGUGCCGGUGUUCACCUCUCCCUCACCUGCCCCACCCACCACCAGGACCAACAGAGAAGAGGAAGGCUGUCCUGUCCAUCCACAGCCCGCCCCAGAGGUGUGGGCGUGGGCUGGGUCUCCAGGCAGCCAGAGGCCCUGAGAACAGCGGACAAGCGCUCUGACCCAGUGUCCUGCUGAGCGCCUUAGGUGCCCCCUGCCAGGCUGGUAGGCACUGGCUGGCCCCUCCGCCCCACUGACGUUGGAUGCCCCGCGAUGCCCACGCCCAACGCCUCUGCCCCCCUGCCCGCUUUCUGGGUCAAUGCCUCUGGAGGCAGCGUGCUGACUGCUGCUGAUGCCACGAAGCCUGUUGGAUUCCUAGCCCUGAGGGUCUCGGUUGCCCUGGCCUACGGGCUUGUGGGGGCUGUCGGCUUGCUGGGAAAUUUGGCCGUGCUGUGGGUGCUGGGUAACUGUGCUCGGCGUGCCCCUUGCCCACCUUCUGACACUUUCGUCUUCAACCUGGCUCUGGCAGACCUGGGGCUAGCACUCACCCUCCCCUUCUGGGCAGCCGAGUCGGCACUGGACUUCCACUGGCCCUUCAGAGGUGCCCUCUGCAAGAUAGUCCUAACGGCCACCGUCCUCAACAUCUACGCCAGCAUCUUCCUCAUCACAGCGUUCAGUGUCGCCCGGUACUGGGUGGUGGCUGUGGCUGCAGGGCCAGGCACCCACCUCUCGCUCUUCUGGGCCCGCGUGGCCACCCUGGCCAUGUGGGUGGCAGCUGCUCUGGUGACGGUGCCCACAGCUGUCUUUGGGGCCGAGGGCGAGGUGAGUGGCGUGCGCCUGUGCCUGCUGCGCUUCCCCAGCAGUUACUGGCUGGGGGCCUACCAGCUGCAGAGGGUGGUCCUGGCCUUUACGGUGCCACUGGGCAUCAUCACCACCAGCUACCUGCUGCUGCUGGCCUUCCUGCGGCAGCGGCGCCGGCGAUGGCAGGACAGCAGGGGCGUGGCCCACUCCAUCCGCAUCCUUCUGGCCUCCUUCUUCCUCUGCUGGUUCCCCAACCAUGUGGUCACGCUCUGGGGUGUCCUGGUGAAGUUUGACCUGGUGCCCUGGGACAGCACUUUCUACACCGUCCACACCUAUGUCUUUCCCGUCACCACCUGCCUGGCACACACCAACAGCUGCCUCAACCCCGUGCUGUACUGCCUUCUCAGGCGGAAGCCUCAGCGGGCCCUGGCAGACACCUUCAGGGACCUGCGAGCAAGGCUGCGGCCCCAGGGUCGGGGCUGGGUGGAACAGGUGGCCCUAAAGGAAAUGAGCAGGCGGUGGACGGAGAGCACCCCUCAGGAGGGUGGCCUUUCCACCAUGCUCACCAACCUGGACAAAGGGACACCUGGGUGAAGGGGGCAAGUUAAACCCCCUCCUCUUUCUGGUUAUCUGCCAAGUGCAGGAUCCAUGCAUCCUAGGGAAAGAGAGGUUGGCCUCUCUGCCUUGAUGAAACACCCUUGGGGAAAGUCUGAUCUUUGAUCCCCGGCUCUGGCUGUGGGGAAAGGCAGGCGGCCAGGGCCCAGGUCAGGGCUGGGUACGACCAAGCCCAGUCUCCACGUGGCAAUGGGAAUCGGAGAAUAAACCUCUGGAUUAUCCACAAAGUGUCUGCACCUUUCAUCUCAGUUCCACCUCCAGGUCAGUGUGGCCAAAAGGAUUCUUUGCCCCUUUUCUGCCUUCUGUGAGAAUUCCCAGGAAAAUUUCCCUAUGGGUUCUAGACUAAUUGAGUCAGGUCAGUAACUAUCUCCCUCUGUCCUCUCUCUCUUUCCUCCCUCACCCCAGAUGGGGUGUACCCUUGUCCUUCCCUGGUGCUGAGGCCAAAUAUGCCCUCCUCCCUUGGCUAUCUCUACCUUCUUACCAUCUCAGUAGCACCCAUAGAAACUUGGUGCCCACAGACACCUCCGAGGCAAAAGCUGGAGAUCCCCCUGCUGUCUGCAGGAUCUUGCCGGAUCCCUAUCUCCAGCCAAGCCUGGAAUGCAAACCCCUGCUGCUGGCUGGGAGUACCUUGUCUCUCCUUAAAUCAGAAUUUGGAGGAAGUGAAGAUAAGGACAAGCCAAGAUCAUGGGUGAGGCAUAGGGAGGUGAGAUUCAGAAAGAGGUUGGGAGAAGAGGCGGCUGAGGGUGUGGAUGUGUGCACGCUCAGUUGUGUCUAACUCUGAGACCCCAUGGACUGU